GGAAUUGUGGGAGAAAGAUGGCGACCAACCUUCCCAAGAUCUUGUCCUUCGCUAAAAAUACGAAGAAUUUCCUCACAACUUCACGACUUUCCGCCGUACUGGUUCAGCAAUACAGUGUUCCUGUUUCUAAGUACGGAGAAACAGUCACUCACACGGGACAGGUUUUUGAUGAAAAUGAUAUACGAAGAGCGAGAUUCGUGGGGAGACAGAAAGAGGUGAAUCAGAAUUUUGCAAUCAACCUGGUUGCGGAGGAGCCGGUCUCGGGCGCAGAAGCUCGAGUGGUGUCCUGUGAUGGAGGAGGAGGAGCUCUGGGCCAUCCCAAAGUUUAUAUUAACCUGGACAAAGUGACCAAAGUGGGUACUUGUGGUUACUGCGGACGCCAGUUUCAGCAGAAACACCACCACCACUGAGACGUCUCCUGUCCUCGUUCGUCUGCUGAAUAUAAAUUAUUCCCUUUGACCUGUGUGUCAUGGUUUUCUGUAUAAUAAAAUGUUAUAACUGAUUUAAAAAA